AUGGCGACUCAAACAUCGACACCGACGACAACAACAGCAAUAGCACCACCACCAGCUAACAAAGAUGGUGAAGUAAGAAUGAGAGAAAAAAAGGUACCACCAUCAAAACAAAAUGGAAAUGUUCGACACGAGGAUAAAACAUCGUUAUCUACGUCGAAUACAACAACUUCAAUAGUUACAGAUAUGUCACGCAAUGAAACGAAUAUAUCACCAAGGUCACAAACAUCAACAUUUGAACAAGCUUUUUUCUUGGGUUUAACUAUUGACGAUGCACUUAAUUCAAGCGAAAAUCUUUUAGAAUUAUUUUAUAAUGCAUGCAAAUAUAAUCAUUUAGAACUUGUCAAACGAUGUAUUGAAGAAAAACGUAUAAAUGUAAAUGAACCAUUCAAUAAUGAUUUUGCAUUAUGUAUUGCUAGUCACAAAGGUCAUCUCGAAGUAGUACGUCAUUUAUUAGCGCAUGGUGCUGAUGUUCAUGUCAGGCGUGAAUUGAAUCUAUUAGCUACACGAGGAAAUCAUCGUCUAUCCCGAAUUAAUUACACCUAUGGUGAUAGUGCACUUUCACUUGCAGUUAAAUAUGGUUUUGAAGAUAUUGCUAUUGAACUUGUCGAAUAUGGCAGUGAAAUAAUGAACGAAAAUGAUGAAUUUGAAAAAUCUUCAUUACAAGACGCUAUUCGACUUAAUCGUAAUCGAACACUAGCUGUUUUCAUUAAUAAACUUAAAAACACUAAGACAUGUCCUAAUGAUGAUGAAACAUUAUUGAUGCAAAAGAGAGGUGAUAUUCUUCGUCAAUGUCUCAUUAAUGAUCAAAUAGAUGCAUUAAGAAUCUUUGUUCCUCAUAUAUGGGAAGAACUUGAUAGUGACUUUAUGUUUACCGUAUUAAACAAUCUUAUGUUGAAAAAUAAAAUUCUUUCGGAUAAAGCAUUUGAUGUAUUAGAAACUAUACUAGAAGCAAUACCAUCAGCAAAAUUGAAAAUGUAUGACGUCGGUGAUUUACUAAGACGAUUUUUGCAUAUUCUACAAGCCCAAUUCGUAACAAUUAACGAUGAUAGAAUUAAUAUGCUUUAUUUACGUACAUCACUAUUAUUUACUAUAUUGAAAUAUCAUGAAACAUUUGAUUUUACUAAGUAUUUGGAUGUAUUAGAUGCUUAUUUUCGUGCUAUUUAUGAUAAUGUUGAAAGUACAGGCGAAGGUGUUAAUCAAGUUUACGAAUAUAUUGUUCGUUUUUAUGAAAAUCUUAUAUUAAUGGGUCAUAUUGUUCUAACGGAUAGUUCGGUUAUUCUUAAAUUACUUGAAUGUGAGCAUGUUCAACGAAUGCAACCUAUAGAUAUGUAUCUAUCAUGGCGUGCCCGUAAUCCAUUUUUAUUAAAAGAAAAAUGUCGUCUGAUUAUAAAGAAUAGAUUAUCGUCCUAUAAACGAGCAACGAUCGAAAAAUUAAAUCUCGAUGAAGACACAUUUAUAUAUUUAUACUAUCAACGAUAG